AUGACAGAUCAAAAGGAUUACCGGACCAAAAUACCGAGGAUUAAGCUGAGUUCAUAUGAGAGAAUUCAUAUCUUGGAAGGAUUCAAUGAGGAAAUCCGUACUGAUGGAAGAGGGUAUUAUUUAUUCGUACUGUUCGUUGUAUCUUAUAUUUAGAUUAAGGGAAUUUAGACCAAUUGGUAUUGAACUAGGAGUUAUCCCGCAUGUAGAUGGAUCUUGUCGGUUAAAAGCCGGGAAUGUGGAUCUCGUUGUUGGAAUACGGGGUGAGCUUGAGACAGUUAUUGACACGGAAAUGAACUCUGAUUCACCUCCACCGCUAAGAUUGGAGUUUAGUGUGGAGUUGAGCCCAAACUCAGAUUUGAGAUUUUUGGGGAAGGAGCCUAUUGAUCUUGCCGAACAAAUAAAAACUGCAUUGGCAAAAGCCUACGACAACGAUGAAGCUCUUCCGCAACUUAAGGAGUGAGUUUUGAGUUAUUAAAAUGAUGGUUUUAGUUUGCGUUUAACCAAGAGAUUAGCUUGGAAUAUCUUUGCGGACAUCGAAGUCCUAAGUUAUGACGGGAAUGUCAUUGAUUUUGCUGGAAUGGCGGUAAGUUGAGACUCUUUAAUAAUAUGCAUUCAGCUAAAAGCAGCGUUAACUGAUUUUAAAGUUCCAAAGAUGAGAGUAUUAUCCGACGUUGUGGACGGUCUUGGAGCUGAGAUGGACGGAGUCGAAUUCCCCACAGAAGUGGAAUUUAUCACUCUAGAUACCAAAAGGUAGGAGAAUGUAUUUAUAUAGACUUAUUGUUUAGAUGCCCGUUGUUCUGCACAGUAAAUGUAAUCAACGACAUGUUGGCAUUGGAUGUGACGGAAGAAGAAGACUGCUGCGUUGUUUCAGCUGUUUGCAUAGCUAUUAUACUCCCAGAAAACGAUCCGGUAGGUGUAAACCAUAUUUUGUUGGGGUUUGACACAUCUUUUUUACAGGAAGAUUAUCUAGUAACUUAUGCAGCGACUGUUCACCGAGGAACAAUGGAAUUAUCAACGACAAGGGAGCUCUACAAGUUUGCAUACAAGACGAUAAAACGAUUGAAUGUAGAUCUGGAGACAUUUAUCCAACUCGAAAAGACGACCAAACAAAUACGGAUGGCCGAACUCGUCUUCUGA